AAGUUUGGCACUACUGCUGCAUCAUAGGUGGUAGUGCAGCGCCACCUCGCAUUUAGGACUACAGAGUGCCAGUUUUGGGUAACUGGCAGCACUAAGCGCCGGGAGAACUGUUCUCCCCACCCUGAUGGGGCAACCACUGCACUUUAAGGUUAGGAAUGCUGCGGUGCGAGAUUGGGACAGCAGGGCUCCCGAUUGGGACAGCAGGGCUCCCAAACUGAGAGAACUGCCGUGCCAAAGAGAAGUACAACAGCGCACUCUCAUUUCGUACAGCUGUUACACUAGUUGGUGCUACUGUAGUGCCAAACUUUUUUCCGUGUAGUGUUGUUUCAGAUAUCAAACUUGAAAGAGCUGUAGCAAGAGCAGCAAAAGGCAGGAGACGCAAUGAAUAGGUUAAGUUUAGUUUUUCAAAAAUUUGAACAAGUAGUUCAAACGAUUUUUGGCCGCGGUUUUCCUCCAGGAUCAUUAUGUGCAGUCGAUUACAAUGGUUUUCUGAACGAACCAAAACCGACAAGUUUCGGUAAUCGCUCCUUAAAAGAAAUUUUCGAAAACAGCAUUUUAUGGGCGGUUCCAAAACAUCGUCGCAGUCUGGAAAUCAGAUACAAAAGGAGAUUUGGAGUAGAGAAAUACGUUUGGAAACCACCUGUUGCAAAAACAAAUAUAUUAAUGUGUCCAAAUUGUGGUCACAAUUACGAAGCUGGCCGUCUAUGCGGACAUUGUUAUGAAAAAGUAAAGUUAGAGACUAAAGAAAUGCAGGACGUCAUUCAAAAAGAACUAGGUCUAAGUCCAGUAGAAGAAAACGUAAUUGUAUUAUAUGAUGGAGAAAAAGACUCUAAAACAGAUGAAUUUUGGAAGAAUCAAAGGAUAGUCGAGAUGCCAAAGAAAAGACCUUCAUGGUUUCACCAAAAUUUACUGCAGCCAACAACACAGGAGCCAUCAGAUAAAAAGGAGGUUAAACCUACCCAUCUUGCAUAAAGUACACUGGGCAUCAGGAUUUAAUUUUUUGUAGAUAAAAGUUGGGACACACCCAUUAAUGAGUAAAUAUACAGAAUUUUUAAAGAUUAAAAAUAUUACCUUUAUUAUCUAAAUAUUUAAUAUACUUACAACUAAUAUCUAGAUGCGAUAAGAGAUUUUGUGAUUGCAUUUAUCAAUAUAAAAAUAAAUACUUUUGCAACACA